ACUUUGACCUACAUUCUUCAAACCAGGUGACCCAGUUUCAAGGAGCCAGUGCUGGUGGUGGUAGUAGUGGUAGCGGUGGCGGUGGUAGUAGCGUGGCCGGCGACGACGACGACGAAGAUGAUGAUGGUAUACUUGGAGAUGAUCACGUGAUAGCUCCAUUCCAAUCUUCUUCCUCCUCCUCUUCUUCUUCAUCGGCAGUAGCAGCUGGCAAGCAGCAGCUACAGCAGCAGCAACAAUCAUCAUCAUCCCUAACGCAGCAGCAACAACAACAACAAUCUCAACAAUCAUCAUCAUCAUCUCAACAACAGACAUCAUCAUCAUCACCACCACCGCAGCAGCAAAUUUUUGGCGGGAACAAACAAGCGACAGCCAUCGUGAUGUUGGGAGUGGUCGGAGCAGAGUUUGGCGCCAAUUUGGGAAAUGGUGGUAGUGGUGGUGGUGGUUAUGGUGGCAGCAGUGGCCGAGAGUCGCAACAGGCUGUGGCUGAUGGGUUCAGUGUCGUCAACCAUGAGCACGCUAGGAAUACUAGCAAAGCUCUGGCCUACUUAUUAUUCCAACAGCCGACCAAUCAGACCAAGUAUUCUUUGAUAAGAAGAGCGUCCGUGGAUUUGAUUGGUCGAGGAUUUGUGGUCUGGCAGCCAUAUUUGGACGUAUCGAACGUUCUGAUUGGUCUACUGGAAUUGUGCAUCGAUGCUGAUAGGCUGGUUCCUAGCAUGACCUUUGGACUGCCCUUGACCCCAAGGGCAGACGCUUGCAGGACGGCCAGACACGCCCUCUCUUUGAUCGCGACCGCACGACCUUCAACUUACGUCAUCACCAUGGCUAAAGAAGUCGCCAGGUACAACGCGAUGAUUCAGAACGCGCAGAGCCAGACCUACCAACAUUCAUUGCACGCCUAUGUUCUCGUCAAGUCAAAACCGGAGAUUCUCAGAGUCCUACAACAACUGGUCGAGAAGAUGGCAGUUGAGUUGAUGGAGUUGUUGUCUGAGCUGACAGACGUGAUGAUUCACUGUCUAGACAUGAAUCAGAUCAAGACGUCUGGCUUGCAGGAAAUAUUUCCGGGAUACUGCAAGAAGUUUCCGAUGGUCAGCUACUGCCAUUCAACGAGACGGAUCGUCGUGGGAACCAGGAAUGGGAAUCUUCUCUUCUAUGAUCUUAAGCAAGGAAAAUGCCAGUCAAUCGCGGCUCACAGGGGUCAGAUACUUGGAGUGGGUUUUUCCGCGGACGGGAAAUUUCUAGCCUCCAUUGCUCUCGCCGAUAUGAAAGUCUACAUUUGGCAGGUUGGUGAUGAUUGUGAUGAUGACGGUGAUGAUGAUGAUGGGGACAUGGAUUUUGAUUGA